AUGCUAAGGGUUCCCUCAAAUUUUGAAGAUGUGUGGACUACUUUUAAAGCUUCUACGUACAUCAUUGUUAAGGUGUGGAAGAAGGAUUUCAGGGGGGAUGAGAUGGAAGUUUUGAACAAAAAAUGUAGAAGAGCUUUAACAAACUUGUUCUAUUGGAGCAAAGCAAAAUUCAAGGAUCUGUCUAAAGAUAAUGAAAGAUUGAAAUUGGAAAUCCUUCAACUUCAAGAGGAAGAAGCAAGAGAAGGAUGGCUUCAUGAUGAGAAGAUUUGGUUGCUUAGAGGAAAGAUUAAAGAGUUAAAUGCUAAUUAUUGCCGGUUGAAUACUUGGUGGAAGCAAAGAGCCAAAGUGAAAUGGAUUGAAGAUGGAGAUUCAAAUACAAAAUUUUUCCAUGCAUUUCCUAAUGCUAGGAAAAAUGGUUAUUGGGGUUUUCCAAAGCAAAUGGAAGAAAAGGGAGUGCUGGAGGGAGAAUUGGCUGAGACCAAUGAUGACUUAGAUGAUGCAGAUAGGAACUGGUUAGAUGCUGAUCUCUCCAAUACAAAAAUUGUGAAUGUGGUAAGGAUUUUGGGAAACAACAAAGCUCUUGUUUGUGAUGGUAUGACUUACUCUUUUUUCAAGUUUUAUUGGAAUAUUAUUGGAGAGGAUGUUUGCAGAGAAGUGAAGAGGUUCUUUCUUUCAGGCACGAUGUGUAAGGAAUGGAAGGAUACAUUUGUGGUGCUUAUUCGUAAAACCAACAAUCCAGUAGCUUUUGUGAAAGGAAGAUCUAUUUCGGAGCAUGUGUUGCUAGCUCAAAAAGUCUUCAACAAAAUCAGGAUUUCUAAAGCAAGUAAUGGAUUUAUGGCUAUCAAGUUAGACUUGGAGCAAGCCUAUGACAGUAUGUGCUGGACUACUCUUAGGAAGAUGAUGGAUGUUAUAGGCUUUCCGGUGAAGUUUGCUAGUUUGGUGAUGGAAUGA